UCCAUGACAGCAUCAUUGAAAGUUUGAAAUCAAUUUUUAGGCCAAAUUUAACAACGACAAAUCGAACAAUUUCUCGACAUUUUUUUCUAAUUUAUGUGAUAUUUGCUUUGUUAAACUAUUAUUCCGGCAAUUUGCUCAUGAUAAAUGCAGCCAAAUUAACAUUACAACAACAACAUUCAACAAUUGCUGAACAUCGAUUAAUUAUGCAAGAUCGUGCCAUACUACACAUCAAUCUAAUGAAUACUGUUGGGCUUUGUCGUGAUCCACGACCCUUAAUUGUUUAUCCUCCCUCAUCAACAAAUAAAAUUUUUUAUCCACGUGGAACAAUAAUUCACCGUUGUUCAGAUCAAACAGGCUGUUGUCCAAAUCCCGGCGAAUUGUGUAGACCAGAAACUGUAGAAAAUGUGGAGAAAGUAUUUUUUGUCAACUAUUUUAUGCUCGGACAACAGGUAUCGGCUGGUCAACGUAUUGCACCGCGUUUAAAAGCAAUGAAAACAAAUUUCACAACAAUGACUGAAACGGUAACAUUUGUCAAUCAUACAUCAUGUAAAUGUAUACGGCUGGCACCGAAUACGAUUGAACAUGAUGAUAUACAAUCGGUGAUUAGUCGUCCAUUGGUCACCACUAAUAGUCCAUUGCAAACAAAUUCAAUUCUUUACCAUUUGAUUGGUUCGCUAUCUAUAUUGGCCAUUAUAAUAAUAUUGUUUUUCAUCUAUAAAUUUAUAUGCAUUCAUAGUUCAAGACUUCGAAAUGGUCAACUUGUUUGAUUUCGGCAAGAGUUU